AUGCCGAUCCCACUGAAAGCCAACUAUGUACGGAUGCGGAUCAAUGGAGAUCACUGUCUCUAUCAGUAUUCAGUCCGAAUCGAGAAACAAUCCAAACAGAUCUUCAAUAGUGAUACUUGCCGUAGAAUUUUCUGGGAAGUGAUGUCUGAUAAUGCCGAAUUGAUCGGUAAAACCUACUACGGAAUCGUUUACGAUGAUUCGGCAAUGUUGAUCACUAAUCGACCACUCAAUAUGAACGGUCGAACAUCCAUCGAACUGUGCCAUUCGGGAUCGAAAAGACAGCCACGAGCUGGGGCAUCUUCUUCACCUCAAAUCAAACUAACAAUAACACCACUGCCGUGUUGUGAACUGCAUUUGUCGUACAAUGAAACAGACGAGCGAAGUCGUAUGACAAUGCAGUUCCUGGAUGCCUUGAUCACACAACGUGUUCGAUGUCCAUUCGAGAUGAUUAGUAUUAUUGUCGGUGUUUUAUCGCUAUCACGAUUGGUGUUCUUAAAUUAUCGACUUGCGUUGAAGAUGUUGAAUGAAGAGGUAGUUUGAGAAAUAUCUAAAGAUUUCUAUCCGUUCAAGCAGUCAAUAUACUUGCUUCCAAGAGCAGACCGACGAGAGUGGAGUCACGAUAUUGGAGCGGGUAUAGAGGCCUGGACUGGCGUGUAUAGUGCGGUGAAGGUGUGCCGUAAAGGGCUGAUGCUGAACGCUGAUGUGUCAACAAAGGUGUUCUAUAAAUUGGAUAUGCCGGUGAUGGAUUAUUAUUUAUCGAUUAUAAACGAUGUCAAACGAGGUCAAGUGAUGAAUCGCAGAAAUAUUGCUAUGGACGAAAGGCAACGUCUUUCAUUGAAAUUCACCUAUUCGGAUAUAUAUAUGAAAUAUGUAGGUAUUGGAAAACCGGCCAAUGUACAAAGAUUUACGAUGAACGGUCAAAAUGGUGAGGCAUUUGAGUUGACUGUUGAAGAGUACUUCCGAAGAUAUAAAGAUAUCGAAUUGCGUUAUCCUGAUUUGCCUGUGAUCCAGUGUGGUUCAUCUUCACGUCACAUUUACAUUCCAAUGGAAUUGGUUAAUCUCUCAGACAAAGUUCAACGUGUCACCAAAAUGCUCAAUGAAUUUCAGUUGCCGAAGCUGAUUCGAGUUUGUGGAAUCGACCCAAAGGAAAGAUUCAAGCAAAUUGACUAUAUGCUAAACGGAUUAGACCAGAGUAGAAUGGAUAACUUUUUACACUCGUUUGACGUCGAAUUGGACAAUCGCUUUGUGGAAUUAAACGGUCGUGUGCUACCAUCGCCACAUCUUGAAUUACAUAAUGGUUUUCGUAUAGCGGUGAGAGAUGGUGUGUGGCCACUUGAGAAUCAAGUUAAAGAAGCGCCAGUUCGAGUGAUCUUCGGUGUGAUUUGUGUUGAUCGGGCGAUUGAGUACCAACAAUUCCGACCAUGUUUUAAAACAUUUAUGAGUGCGUGUGAAUUGUUUGGUAUGCAAUUCGCAGAUGGUUUUGAAACGGUGGAAGGAGUACCGCUGUAUGAAUGGGAUUCAUCAGCGAUCAGAUCGAAUCCGUUGCUACCGAAAGUAAUCGAAUUCAAGACGUCAUUAUUCGAGCAUGAACGAAGCCAUCACGUUAAAAUUAAACCAAUGCUCAUUUUCAUUGUUCCAAGAGAAAACCCACUAGUGUAUGGUCAUGUUAAAGUGGUAUGUGACUUGAAAGAAGGAAUCGCUUCACAGGUGCUUCUCUCAAAAACACUCACGAAAAUGAGCGGUAAUCCUGAACGAUGUGCAGUGGCACAUAAUGUGUUUUUGAAGGUGAACGCUAAAUUGGAUGGUGUCAAUAAUGGAGUGUGCCGAGAAAGUCUUGAGUGGUCGAAAUUCACGAAUAAGAAUGAGGCAACAUUAUUCAUUGGUGUAGACGUCACCCAUCCAGCACCUACUGAUAAGCAGUCGCCAUCAAUUGCAGCGGUUGUCAGUUCGAUUGAUGUGACUGCGACGAGGUAUUCUUGUUCAUUCAAAUUGCAACACUGUCGAAACGAUCGCAUCAUUCAAAUGGUGGAUCCACUGAAAGAGCGUUUAAUAGACUUUUAUAGAAAGUCCGGAUUAACACCAGCUCAUAUCGUGAUAUUCAGAGAUGGCGUAUCAAACAGUGAAUUUUUGGGCACAAUGAACGAAGAGCUAACAAAUUUGAAAGUUGCUAUGAAUCAACUGGAGCCCAGUUAUAAUCCGACGGUUUCGUAUGUUGUCAUUCAGAAACGACACCACACGCGAUUUUAUGUGGAAGGAAAGCAGUACGCAAGAUGCAAAAGCAACGUUCCACCAGGAACAGUGGUUGACGACGAUAUAACCAGUCCGAACAUAUUCGAUUUUUAUCUUUGCUCUCAUCUUGGCGCUAUUGGAACAUCACGACCUGCACACUAUACGGUUCUCUAUGAUUCGUGGAAUCUAUCGGCAGAUCAAUGGCAGCAAAUGGCCUAUGCACUUUGUCAUUUAUAUACGCGUUGUGCACGUUCAGUAUCGAUCCCAGCACCGAUUUACUAUGCACAUUUGGCGUGUAAACGGGCGAGAUUUUAUGUGAACGAGACGUUGUUAGUGAUUCCUUAUAGUAUCAGUGGUUAUUUCGAGAUAGAUUUUAAAGAUAUCGAAGUGCUCUUUAUUGACAUGUUUGUUAGUUUUUUCAGGGGCUCCUCGAAACCUGGAAGUUCUUUAGAAAGCAAGGAAGGAGAAAGAAUCGCAACUGAGCUGAAUGAAAAAAUUAGAGUUCACGAUAAUACGCCUCGUAUGUAUUAUGUGUGA